UGGGGCCCCCGGGCAAUAGGGGAUCAUGGGGCCCCUGUGUCCUUGCCCACACUCAAAAAAGCCUAUAAAAAAGGUACCAGGGGCAUUUCAUGGGGCUCCCUACAGACCCCGGGCCCUCGGGCAGUAAAGUCAAUCAAAUGUCUGCGUACCAAAGAGAAUCAUCAGUGUCACAAUCCCUGCACAACCAGAUCAAAUGCGGACUGACAACUCAUGGGCAAUAGGGGAUCAUGGGGCCCCUGUUUCCUUGCCAAACUCAAAAAAGCCUAUGAAAAAGGUACCAGGGGCAUCUCAUGGGGUCCCCUACUGACCCCGGGCCCUCGGGCAGUGCCGAGUUUCCAAAUGGUCAGUCCGUCCUUGAACC